UUAAUUGAUUGGACUGACAAUAUUUCGAGAGACAUUACAAGCUUUCACAUCAACUACAUGCCGGAAGAAACAUUCGCGUUACCCAUCCAACUCCACCUAUUCCAUGUCUCCAUUGAUGAAUCACGACAAAAGAAUAGCUUUUCUUCCUGCACCCUUGUUGCAGCAGGACACUCCUUCAGAGGUUGCUUGGCGUACCUGUUGGAUCUCAUGAUAAUUCAUGAAUUUUUGGCCUUGUUUUCCUCAUUGAUCCUCGUCGACAUGCCUAGGACUUGCGCGAUCACACACAAUCUGCGGUUGUUGGUAAGGCGCCAAUAA